AUGAUGGGAGAUAAGGGGACUCAGGGAGAUAAAGGAACUCAAGGCGAUAAAGGAGUUAAAGGAAUGCAGGGAGAAGCAGGAUAUAAGGGUAUGAAAGGAAUGCAGGGUAUGAAAGGUGUCAAAGGAAUGGCGGGAGAAAAAGGAACAGCAGGUGACAAAGGAGAAACAGGAACACAAGGAGAGAAAGGGACACUGGGAGAUAAAGGAAUGACUGGAGGGAAAGGUACACAAGGAGAUAAAGGAAUGACCGGCGAAAAGGGAACUCUUGGAGAUAAAGGAAUGACUGGACAGAAAGGAACACAAGGAGACAAGGGAAGGACAGGCGAAAAGGGAACACAAGGAGAUAAAGGAUACAAAGGCACACAGGGUGAUAAAGGGUUUUCAGGAAAUAAAGGAACUGACGGGGAUAAAGGAGCAAUGGGUGAAAAGGGAACACUUGGAGAUAAAGGAAUGACUGGUGAAAAAGGUACACAAGGGGACAAAGGGAUGACUGGGAUGAAAGGAACACAAGGAGAUAAGGGAAUGACAGGAAAUAAGGGAACAGAUGGAGAUAAAGGAAUGAAGGGAGAGACGGGAUACAAAGGUAUGAAAGGAAUGCAAGGAAUGAAAGGUGUCAAAGGAAUGGCGGGAGAAAAAGGAACAGAUGGUGACAAAGGAACUGAUGGAGACAAAGGAAUGACAGGAUCAACAGGAACACAAGGAGACAAAGGAAUGACAGGACAAAAAGGGACAGACGGAGAUAAAGGAAUGACAGGAGAAAAGGGAACACUAGGAGAUAAAGGAAUGACUGGAGAUAAAGGAAUGACUGGAGAAAAGGGUACACAGGGUGACAAGGGUAUGACCGGAAAAAAAGGAACACAAGGUGACAAGGGUAUGGCUGGAGAAAAGGGAACACAAGGAAACAAAGGAAUGACCGGACCAAAAGGGACACUAGGUGACAAAGGAAUGACUGGAGCAAAGGGCACACUAGGUGACAAAGGUACACCUGGAGAAGGAGGAGACAAAGGUACACAAGGCGACAAAGGUAUGACUGGCAAAAAAGGAACACUAGGUGACAAAGGUGCAACUGGUGGAGAAGGGGCAAAAGGAACACAAGGCGACAUUGGUGAAAAGGGAACUGAUGGGGACAAAGGAAUAACUGGUCAAAAGGGAACUCAGGGAGACAAAGGAAUGGCUGGAAAUAAAGGAACACAGGGAGACAAAGGAAUGACAGGUCUUAAGGGAACUGAAGGCGAUGUGGGUGAAAAGGGUACUCAAGGGAAUAAGGGAAUGAAAGGGGCGAAAGGAACUCAUGGAGAUAAAGGAAUGACGGGAGAGAAGGGAACUCAAGGAGACAAGGGAAUAACAGGAGUGAAAGGAACACAAGGUGAUAAGGGAAUUGCAGGAGAGAAAGGAACAGAAGGUGACAAGGGCAUGACAGGUAAUAAGGGAGAGACAGGACACAAAGGUACUCAAGGAGAUAAAGGAAUGACAGGAACGCAGGGUGACAAAGGUAGCAAGGGAAUGAAAGGCGAAACAGGAUUCAAAGGAAUGAAAGGAGUUAAAGGCAUGCAGGGAAAUAAAGGUACACUGGGAGACAAGGGCAUGACUGGAAUGAAAGGAACUACUGGAGACAAAGGAACACCAGGAGACAAAGGAACACCAGGAGACAAAGGAAUGAAAGGAACACAAGGCGAUAAAGGAGUAACAGGUACAUAUUAA